AUGCUUGGUUCCAUAGGGGGUCCACAGGGACCUAAAGAUCUCUUGGACGCUGUUCGAGAAGCUGUGGUAAAAUGUGAUUUGGAUACUUUGGCUCGGCUUCGAAGAGAUUUUUUGAGUAUUCCCGAGAAUAUUUCAAAGUGUAUUGAUGAAUCAGGAAAUACUCUGGUCCAUUUAUCUUUGGGGAAAAAUACGACCGUACUAGACUAUGUAGUCAAGCAACUAUCAGGAGACGUUAAUGCUCCCAACUUUCAGGGACGCACACCACUGCAUGAAGUUGUUAGAAAUAAUUAUGUAGAAUGUUGUGAAGCUCUUUUAGAUUAUGGUGCUGACGAUACGAUACAGGCCGCAACGUUUUCAACUCCAUUUCAUACUGCCGCUGCCUGUGGAAGUGUUGAGUGCAUGGAGAUUCUAUUGAAAAGAAGCAAAGAUCCUGAGGGUAAGGUGAAUGAAUUGGAUCGUAAUAAAUGCUGUGCUCUUCACAAGAGUGCAUCUGAUGGGGAUGUUCGUGUGAGUCGGUGGUUAGUGGAACAUGGUGCUAUUGUUGACCAAAAAGAUGUAAAUGGUACAACUCCACUUUUGAUGGCUGUAAAAAUGGGCAGAUUUGAAGUAGCAGAGUAUUUGAUUCAACAAGGAGCUUCUUGCGAAGUUCGUGAUGCUCAAGGUAAUUUUCCUGUUCAUUUUUGUGCCAUUCGUUGUGACUACAAAAUUUUAAAACUUCUUAUUGAUGCAAAAGCCCCCGUUAACGUUAAAAAUCAAGAGUUUAAUAAUCCACUUCAUCUUGCAGCAAUUCACCAACGACCUAAUUUAAAGGAAUGGGAAGAUCUUAUCACACUUUUACUUGAUUCUGGGUGCGAUCCAAUGUUUGAGAAUGCUUCAGGUAAAAAACCUGCUGACUACGUGGGUCGUAGUUUAAAAAAGUUUUUCUCCAAAGAGGACGCUGAUGUACGACGGCAAUUGAAAGCAGACGAAGAGGCAACAGAAGAAGAAGACUUUAAGAAAUUAAUGGAAUUAAAGGUUUCUUGGAGGUCCACGGUGUUGGCUAAUUUGGAAAAAACAAAACGAAUAGAGAGGGAAGAAGCAGAUCGGCUGCAUAGAGAAACAGAGGAACGACUCCGUGCUGAGGAUGAUGCAAGAAUUGUAUUGGAGGAAGCUAUGGAAAGACAACGUUACAACGAAGAACAAAAAAAGAAGCGGAUGGAAGCCUCAGAAAAAGGAAAAAGUACUUCCAAAAGGUAA